CUGCAGCCGCAUUGUUGUGGGGGGAAGAGAUGCGAGUUAGCCUGCUAGCACAGGGGCGCCACAUACGGCCAGCGCAAUAAGGACCGAUAAACAGCCGCGUUAGCAUGGUCGAGCUGCUGCUACCGUGAGCGAGUAACUCCGGCUUUUAAAUGCGUAUUUUUGAAUCCCGGAGGCCGUUACGGGUACUUCAUAUUACCUUUCGAUUGCCGCUGAUAAGCGGCUCGUGGACGGAAGCGCCUAUAACGACACUCGUGUACGGAUUAAACAUACUGCUGUUCAGUAGGCCACACCGCUGCUGCUUUGAGCUCGGCCUUACUGCCUUUAAAGCGUCAGUUAACGUCGACGGUGAAGUUCCUCUGAGGCAUUCAGAAUGAGGAAGAAGACUCGGCAUAAUCGUGUAGCCAUGCCACAGAGGCCUCCCUCGCCCAUUAAACCCUCACGCAACCGUGAGACCUUGACUUACGCUGAGGCCCAGCGUAUAGUCGAGCUGGAGAUGGAUGGACGUGUUCACAGGCUCAGCAUUUACGACAAACUGGAUGUUAUUGACAGUGAUGACCCUAUAGCUCAGGAGAUCAUCGAGUGCACCAGCAACAAGGAGAACACGGAAAAGCCACAGCAGGUUCUGGUGCGCUCUGUGCGGCUGCAAAAAAACCAGCAGAAGAAGAGUGCCUCGUUGACGACCGUGCAAGGUUCACCAGCUCAGGGCAGGCUACCGGAGCCAAAGAUCCGAACAGUUGAGUAUAACCUCCCAGCAGUGCCACGGAGGCCGUCUACAUACUAUACUUAUGUGGAGAAGACACCUGAUGAGCUUGAUGAGGUGGUUGAGUAUGAUAUGGAUGAGGAAGACUAUGCAUGGCUUGAACUAAUCAAUGAGAAGAGGAAGAGAGAUGGUCACAGCCAGGUCUCUCAGAACGUCUUCGAGUUCCUCAUGGACCGCUUUGAGAAGGAGUCUUUUUUUGAGACCCAGGGUAAAGGUGACCCUCAGCCACUUAUCGUUGAGGAUGCCGUGUGCUGUAUCUGCAUGGACAGCGAGUGCCAGAACAGUAAUGCUAUUCUGUUCUGCGAAAUGUGCAAUCUUGCAGUGCAUCAGGAGUGUUACGGCGUCCCCCACAUCCCAGAGGGCCAGUGGCUUUGCCGCCAUUGCCUGUGUUCACCCACUCAGCUGACGGAGUGUAUAUUCUGCCCCAAUAAGGGCGGUGCCCUUAAGAGAACAGACGAUGACCGUUGGGGGCAUGUUGUUUGUGCCCUCUGGGUCCCCGAAGUCAGCUUUACCAAUACUGUCCUCAUCGAGCCCAUUGACGGUGUGUCGAACAUUCCGCCAGCCCGCUGGAAACUCACCUGUUACCUGUGUAAGAAGAAGGGAGUUGGUGCUUGUAUUCAGUGCAGCAAGGCCAACUGUUUCACUGCUUUCCAUGUGAGCUGUGCUCAGAAAGCUGGCCUUUACAUGAAGAUGGAGCCCAUCAAAGAGGUUAAUGAGUUAGGAGCCACCACGUUCUCUGUAAAGAAAACAGCCUAUUGCUGCUCACAUACACCUAACGGUUGCAUGAGGAGACCCCUUGCUGUAUACAAGGACUGCAAACCUAAGAAUGGUUUAUGUCAGAAGGGUGCUCACAGGAGAAGGAGGGAAAAGGCAAAAGGAUGCCAGAAAAAGAAGAAUAAAAUGCCAGAAUCGGAGCCUGUUGAUGAUGCUCCCACUGUUUCUGGGCCUAGUAUUACUCCUAAAAGUUUCAACACAAUCCUCAAUCAAGUUUCUCUGCAGAAGAAGAAGGUAUUUGUGGGACGUGUGCUCAGUUACUGGAUGCUCAAGAGGCAGUCAAGAAAUGGUGUCCCACUAAUAAGGCGCCUACAGACUGCAAUACAGAUGCAAAAACCACCAGAGCAGGUGCAGGGGGAGGAUGACUAUCAAGAUUUGACAGAACAGUUAAAGGACUGGAAUCGUUUACGGCACGACCUGGAGCGAGCUCGUUUGCUGCUGGAGCUCAUUUGCAAGAGAGAGAAGCUAAAGAGGGAGGAGAUGAAAAUGCAACAGUCAGUUUUGGAUAUGCAGCUCACUCCAUUUCCUGUCUUGUUGCGAGCGGUGCUUGAUCAGCUGCAAGAGAGGGACCAGACAAGAAUCUUUGCCCAGCCUGUCAGCAUCGAAGAGGUUUCUGAUUAUCUAGACCACAUCAAGCACCCCAUGGACUUCUCUACCAUGAGGAAACGCAUUGAUACCCAUGGGUACAACAACCUGGAUGAGUUUGAGGAUGACUUCAACCUCAUUAUUUACAACUGCAUGAAGUACAAUGCCAAGGACACCACCUUCUAUCGUGCCGCUUUACGUCUACGAGACCAUGGUGGAGUAAUCCUCAGGAAGACGAGGCGGGACAUUGAGAGGAUAGGCUUGGACUUUGCCAGUGGAAUGCACCUCACUGAACCUCCUAAGAUCGAGCCACCUCCAUCAUUGUCCUGGGAAGAUGUUGAUAGACUGUUAAACGCAUCCAAUCGAGAACACAUGUCUAAGGAGGAACAGUUGAAUAAACUGUUGGAGACACAGGAUUCAGUGAGUGCCAUGAAGUCAUGCCCUUCAAGGAGCAAGCGGCUUAAGUUACUCAAAAGGUCCAUCGGUGACCUACGGAUGGAAAUGAGUCACAAAACUGAGCCCCCUUCUUUGGAGCAGAACAGUCCAAAGGAAGAGGAGAAGACUCCUAUUUGUACACCACCGGCCCCAGAGGAAGAAGGUGACAAGUCAUUACCCCCAAAACUGGAGCCUUCAGAUUGUGUACAACUUCUGACAAACUCAGAAAGUCCCUCUGAACCUCCUACUCUGAAACCUGUCGACUCCAGCCCUGAAACGUGGCUGAAAAAGGUCAAAUUUGAUGGGGAGAUGCUUUCUACCUCACUUUUAAAUGCAUUCUCCCCUAAUGUUCUGCCCUCUGAAAAUAAUAUGUUUGCUACCUCCACUGUUAACGAACCAGCAAAUACAGUCAACCGACGGACGGCUGUGCUGUUCCGGAAGUCAAAGAGUCCACAGAAGGGGCCAAAAAUGAGUGAAUCCCCAGUAGACUGCCCUCAGCUGGGCUCUAAGACCUUUCUGUCAGUAGUCCUACCUCGCCUCGAAACCCUACUCCAGCACAGGAAGAGGACGCGUAGUGCGAGCGGAGACAGUCAGGAUGAAGAGGAGGAUGAGUGUCCAAUCAAACGCUUGGAUACUGGAUUGUCUAAUGGCUUUUUGGAGCCGAAGAAAGGGCUAACUGUCGGUAGACAGUCAGAGCCUCGCCGUCGCUGUGCUUCAGAGUCCAGCAUCUCCUCCAGCGGUAGUGGAAGUGCCCAGGAAAACACAAGUGAUGUCAGUCAUGUAAGGAGCGUCAAAGGGAAGCUGGCGAUGGCAAGACGAAAUACGACAGACGAUAAAAAAGAGUUGGUCAAUUACGUGGAAACGGGGAACAUUUCCAAAUCCAGUAAGAUGGCAGCAGAGAUUGACAGCAGCAAUAUUUGGAUGCCUGCUAACACUACACCACUAAAUCUGGAGCCCCUUAAACUAGUUUGGGCCAAACUUAGUGGAUAUCCUUCCUAUCCUGCCUUGAUCAUAGAUCCUCAGAUGCCUCGACCGGGUUGCCAACUCAACGGCGAGUUCAUUCCCACCCCUCCACGGGACGUGCUCAGGGUCGGAGAGCUGAUGCAGUUCAGGUCCAAGGAGAAACUCUUCCUCGUCCGCUUCUUCGACAGCAAACGCAACUGGCAAUGGCUUCCUAAAUCCAAGAUGGUACCAUUUGGGAUUGACAAGACCUUAGACAAAAGUAAAAUGUUGGAAGGCAGAACGUCAAGUAUUCGUAAAGCUGUGCAAAGCGCCUUCAACAGUGCCAUGAACCACUUGAGCCUUGUCCAGGACUUAGGCGCUGGAGAUUAACCCUUGUUCAAGGGGUCAUUGUAAGGGUUUCGUCAAGCCCCGAUGUUUACCCAUUGCUAUGCUUGCAUAUCAAACUGGCCAUGUCUACCGAGGCCCCCCCUCCCUCCCAACUCUGUUAGGAGCUGAUAAGCUUCUCAACAGACGAAUGUGAGAGCACCUUCACCUCUCCUAUAAUGUGCUGCAAGACUGCUGUGAACUCGCACACUGCCAUCAACUUUCUUUUACACUUCCAUCACCAUCCACGAAAACCCCUCGUGUUUAACUCUGGCUGUAAAUAAAAGUCAUCCUAAAUUAUCCAACACUAAUUUAUUACUAUUGUUUUGGUUUGUACCACACAUGACCACCUGGAAGAUUUCUACUCCAAGGUAAUUUCUCAAGCGCACUGAGGCGCGAACCCAUCUGGUGCUACAUCACGUGCAAAGCCUUGAUUUUUCCUUACUAGAGACUUGGAAGGGGCUGUCGCACUUACUGUAUCAAAAUUUUGUUGUUUUUGCCUCGCUUUUUUUAUGGUUAAGUUAUUGUAAUUUGCCAAUGCAAGCUUCUUUUCCUUGGCAUUAACAUGUUAUCUACUUUUUUAUAUAAAAAAUAUUCUUAUGGGACACAACUAAGUGAUGUUUGUAAAUAUUUAUAUAUAGCUAUGAAAUUAUAUACAUGUAAUAUUUUAGAGUGGUAAAAAUUUAAUUGGAGAAGAGGAAAACAACAGUAGCGAUGAAAGCCAGAAGUGCGUCACUCAUGCAAAACCAAAAAUUUUGCUGCCCCAUUUUUUUGGGUUUUUAAUAUCUAGAAUGUUAUCCCUGGGUUUCACAUUAGUUUGUGUGAAUGUUUGACAAACAGAUAGUUGAAUAAAAAAAAUCCCCAAGUUUUACUGUGCUCUCUGGAACUGUAUUUGUAAGUCUGCAUAAAGAUGUGCCUGUACAAUUGUGUUGUAUUAGGACAAAGUAUGCAAAAACUUUAUUCAUAGUAGGCAUAUUUUGGUGGAAGCUGUGUUUGCCCAUUUUUGCUUUGUGUGUGGGUGUUUUAAUCAUAACCAUCUGUUGUGAUUUUUUUUUUAACUGUGUGUCUCUCUCCAGUAUGGAUUCGGGGUAGCAUUCUGGGUUAAAACACUUUUUGUAUGAAUGUCUUGUACUUAUAUUGACUGGUACUGUUGUGUCUUUUCUCUGGGAGGAUCACAUUAUAGCCAAUGAUAGUGAGUGCUGGCGCGAUCCAGUAUUUUUUAAGUACAAAGAAAAUAAACCCUUAAAAAAAAUCACUGCUGGUGCAGUUUUUUGUUUUCUAAUGGGAAAUGUAUCCCUUAAAACGAGGGUCUGACCAAUAAGUUUGCUCAACAAUGUAAUAAGCCACUCACUAGAUGGAGCUCUUGAAACGAGCACAGUGUUUUGAGUUUGAGCUGAUGGUCAUGCUAAGGUAGGCCCUGUAAGAUACCCAGCACUACCAAAAGAUUUGACAGAAUGUGACCGUAAAAUAUCUCUUCCAAACUUAUAAUCUUUGAGCAAGGUCAGCAUUGUCGGUUGUAAAGUAGAUUAAAGAGUCAUUUUAUUCUGGAUCAGCACAACCUGUUCCAGAAGUGUCUGGCAUGCCAUCCAACAAGCACUGCUGUGCAAUCUCUUUAUGCGGCUUCGGUCUUCCACAUAUUGUCCCUUUCUUUCGACCAUUAUUAAUGUGUCUGUUUAUCCCAGUUUCCACAUCCCCGCUGGUGGGCUACAGCACAUCUUCCACAGCAAUGUAGUAAAAAAAUCCACAACAGAAUUAGCCUCUGUCUGUUUCGCAAUCAGGGGAAGCUCCAUCUAAAAUGCCUUUUAAGUGUUUGUGAUUAAAUUAGGCUAGAACAGUCACUAAACAAAGUCCACUUUGUUUCUAUUUUACACAGUAUAUUGUUAAAUAUUUAAAUGUAUUAAUAAAGGAGU